AUGUUCACAGGCAAAUCUCUGCUUGUGCUUCUCUUCCUCUUUUCCCUAUGUUCAGCAAAUCGUUGGUAUCGAAUGUUUAACACCAAUCACGACGAUCCUUGUGUUGAUCGUUACAAACGUUUUCAACGUUGCAUCCCGGAUUUUAUCAAUGCGGCUUAUCAAAAGCCAAUCUACACCUCGUCUACAUGUGGAACGUCGCCGAAAGAAUUCUGUAAUUUAAAUCAACUGAAUGAAAAACAAUCGAUUGACUACUUAACGGAUAUCAACAAUCCGAAUAACUUAACUUGUUGGCAAUCCGAUCUACUGAAACAAGGAGAGAAUGUUUCGUUAGUUCUAUCCUUAAACAAAAAAUUCGAAUUAACUUAUAUUAGUUUACAAUUCUGUGGUCAAAGUAAACCAGACUCGAUGGCUAUUUUUAAGAGCAUGGAUAUGGGCGUAACAUGGAUCCCAUUACAAUAUUACUCGAAUAAUUGUGGAGAUGUUUUUAAUAAAAGUUCUCAAGCCAUAAUAACUCGUUCGAAUGAACAAGAAGCGCUAUGCAUUGAUACGAAAUCUCAACUAUCAUCGACAAGUGAAUCACGUAUUGCAUUUAGUACACUUGAAGGACGUCCGUCAGCAUAUGAAUUCGACUCGAGUCCUGUUCUACAAGAUUGGGUGACAGCAACAGAUAUUAAAAUUGUUUUAUUAUCACCGAAUGUCGAUAUGAAUUCCUAUUCUGUGGCUGAUUUCGCUGUGGGAGGCAGAUGUAAAUGCAAUGGUCAUGCAUCAAAAUGUAUUCCCAAUAGUGAUGGCCGUUUAGUAUGUGAUUGCAAACAUAAUACCGCAGGUGACGAAUGCGAACGUUGCAAAGACUUUCAUUAUGAUCGUCCAUGGGCUCGUGCAACCCAACGUGAUGCGAACGAAUGUGUCGCAAAUCGUUGGUAUCGAAUGUUUAACACUAAUCACGAUGAUCCCUGUGUUGAUCGUUACAAACGUUUUCAACGUUGCAUCCCAGACUUCAUCAAUGCGGCUUAUCAAAAGCCAAUCUACACCUCAUCCACAUGUGGAACGUCGCCGAAAGAAUUCUGUAAUUUAAACCAACUGAAUGAAAAACAAUCGAUUGACUACUUAACGGAUAUCAAUAAUCCGAAUAACUUAACUUGUUGGCAAUCCGAUCUACUCAAGCAAGGAGAGAAUGUUUCAUUAGUUUUAUCCUUAAACAAAAAAUUCGAAUUAACCUAUAUUAGUUUACAAUUCUGUGGCCAAAGCAAACCGGACUCGAUGGCUAUUUUUAAGAGCAUGGAUAUGGGCGUAACAUGGAUCCCAUUACAAUAUUAUUCGAAUAAUUGUGGAGAUGUUUUUAAUAAAAGUUCUCAAGCCAUAAUAACUCGUUCAAAUGAACAAGAAGCGCUAUGCAUUGAUACGAAAUCUCAACUAUCAUCGACGAGUGAAUCACGUAUUGCAUUUAGUACACUUGAAGGACGUCCGUCAGCAUAUGAAUUCGACUCGAGUCCUGUUCUACAAGAUUGGGUGACAGCCACAGAUAUUAAAAUUGUUUUAUUAUCACCGAACGUCGAUAUGAAUUCCUAUUCUGUUGCUGAUUUCGCCGUGGGAGGCAGAUGUAAAUGCAAUGGUCAUGCAUCAAAAUGUAUUCCCAAUAGUGAUGGCCGUUUAGUGUGUGAUUGCAAACAUAAUACCGCAGGUGACGAAUGCGAACGUUGCAGAGACUUUCAUUAUGAUCGUCCGUGGGCUCGUGCAACCCAACGUGAUGCAAACGAAUGUGUCGUUUGUAAUUGCAAUAAACAUUCAACAAAAUGUCGUUUUAAUCUGGAAUUAUACAAACUCAGUGGACAUAAAUCUGGUGGUGUAUGUCUCGAGUGUCAACAUAAUACAGCUGGCCGAUCGUGUCAUUAUUGUCGAGAAGGAUUUACACGUGAUUUAACUCAACCAAUGACAAGUAUAAAUGCUUGUCGAGCCGAUCUUCUGAGUAGUUCACUAGUUAUCGAAACUAUUCUAUAUUUUACAGCGUGCAAUUGUAACAAUCAUUCUCGACAAUGUCGCUUCAAUAAAGAACUCUAUCUUCUUUCGGGAAGAAAAUCAGGUGGAAUUUGUAUUCAAUGCAAACAUAAUACCGUGGGUCGACAUUGUAGUUAUUGCAAAGAAACGUUUUAUCGGGAUCCAAACUUGCCAAUCACACAUCCGCAAAUCUGUAAAGCAUGUAAUUGUCAUCCGGUGGGUUCACGUGGCAAAGUUUGCAAUCAAACAAGUGGUCAAUGUCCAUGUAAAGAUGGUGUGACUGGUUUGAGAUGUGAUCGAUGUCUCAAAGGUUAUCAACAAACGAAAUCACAGAUUGCACCAUGUAUAAGAAAAGUCAAUGUGCAAUCAUAUAAUAUCUAUGAUCAAGAUGACAAUAUGCAGCAAUAUCGCGAACAAGAUGUCGUCGAAAAUGACGAUAUGUCGACUUCCACAGCGAUCAGUACAACGACUACGACAACCGUUUCUCCUUCCGAAAUAGGUUACAAUCCAUCAAUUGAUCUCGGACAAUACUGUGGUGCAUGUCGGUACUACAGCCGUCGUUUACAUAUAAAAAAAUAUUGUAAACGAGAUUACACGAUUCAUGCACGAGUGACAAAUCGACAUGAUGCUGGUCAAUGGGUGUCAUAUCUACUAACGAUUGUUCGAGUUUACAAAGAUCGUCUCAAUCGCAUACAGGAAAGCGAGCAAUGGGUAUGGGUAUCACGUAAAGAUGUUCAAUGUGGAUGUCCUCGUUUGAAACUCGAUAAACAAUAUUUAUUGAUGGGUUUCUAUGAUCAAAUGCAAACUUCGUUAAGUCUUGAUCGUACAUCUGUCGUCAUCGAAUGGCGACCACGAAUGGAACACCUGCAAAUGAUCACUAAUGCAAAACGGAAUUUUAUUUUUGUCUAUGGAACGCAAUGGCCUGUUCCGUAUGAACGUGUUAGUAGUCGACCAACAAACAAUGCAUAUUGUCAAGCAGGAUUGAUUCCGUUUUGUGCACCUGGCAAAACUGAAGAUGCAAUGAUUUAUGUCGAUGAUGAUAAUGAUACAGUGGAGAUUUUUGCAUUGAAAAAGCCGGUCUGGUCAUUCAAAUUCGGAGAUCUAAUGGCCAAAUUUAAAAUCAUGCAUGAUGCAUUAGGUUUUCGUAGUCAGAAGACUGGCCGAAAUUGGACUAUGGAAUGGUAUGAAUUAGAUCAAUUAUUCAAUUGUACAUUUCCUCAUGUACUGAAAAAUGAUACGUUCAUAUGGUGUGAUCAAGGUGCAUUAUGUGUCUAUGAUGGUAUCGUUGAUUCGAUGUGGAAUGGUUCAUCUGAUUUGAGUAUGUUGAAGAAGGUCGGCGAAAUUUAUGGUAAGGAUUACAACAAAUGGGCAACGUGGGCAGUAGACGAUAACAACACCGGUGUCUAUUACGAAACCUGGUCAGCAUAUUCAGAUCCUGGUCCAAAUGCUACGAUGUACUUUGAUUCGUAUGACUGUGCAAGUUUUGUUAUUCGUGGAUUGAAUCACCUACUAGCCUCGGGAGCACGAAUCUUGCCUGAUGUUCAUUUGAAUUAUACACGUUUGAACAUUUACACACAUGAACCUGAGUUGCUUGGUACAUAUGAUCAAAUUGUUCAAAACCAAACGCUUCACAGUGAUUUCAUUAGUUUCUAUCGAGAAUUCGACUCGAAAAAGCCGAAAACCGGAGAUUGGGUGAAAUCAUUAGUGCAAAUCUACGAAACAUUCUACUUAACUCGCCGUUUUUACUUCUACUACAACAAUGUCUAUUGGUACAUGAAAUUAAAGGAAUCAACACCAUUAAAAGUAACAUUUGAUGAAAUUCCAAUCAUCUCUCUCUUGGAUCGAUUCAACUAA